CAGGUUAACUGACCAACAACUCGGAUUGACUUUCAAACAGGUGGCGCCAGACUUGCAGGAUACCGACCUGGAGUGGAGAGUUUGAGCAUCUACGUCACAACAUGUCUGGGAAAUGGCUGCACGUAUACUCCGCCAUCUUGGUUGUCAUAUCGCUCGUCUGCUGUGUGAUUGGUGAUGAGGUCAAGGCCGUCAAGUCAGCGGAUGACGUCAGCAGCGACGGAGUGUCAAGGUCGAAGCGGUCCGGCCCGGUCAGGUUUGAUGACGGCUUCGGCAAGCAGCGUGUCCGGCUGCGGUUCCAACGGCGGGUCAGCCCCAAGUUCGGCCACAACUUCGUGGGGAAGCGGUCCAGUGACUUUCUCGUCCCCCCGGGGGACAACUACGACGUCGUCGACACCAGCGACCUGACGGACAUCGACACGAGGGCAGCGCGGUUCUCGCACAGCUUCGUGGGGAAGCGAGACGAGAUCUCACAGGUAGACCUGCUCCUGAAGGAGGCGCUGGAGAGGGAGCUGCUGGACGGGCUGGAGGGGAGGGAGGACGGAGACUCGGACAUUGACAUCGAGGAGCGAGCCGGACCCGGCUUCAGACACAGCUUUGUUGGGAAAAGGUUCGACGAUGACGAGGACGAUAGUGAUGAAAGUGAGGAAGACGGUAUUGAAGUUGAGGCUCGCAAUGGACGGCACUUCAAACACAGUUUUGUGGGGAAGAGGGGCGGACCCAACAGAAGGGGCCCUGCUUUCUCUCACAGUUUUGUCGGCAAGCGGGCGCCGGGGGACGACGACGACCUCGAGAUGGCCGAGAGAGGCGGCCGAGUCUUCAGCCACAGUUUUGUCGGCAAGAGGGACAUGGCCCGUGCCCGCGGGCCCUACGCCGUCAACAGCCGGGCCUCGCCCAGCUUCAUGCACCACUUUGUGGGCAAAAGGUCCACAGUCGGUCGGUCCAAGCGGUCAGCGUCCUCAGACCAGGAAAUAGAUCUGGAAGAGAGAGCUAGCCCUAGUUUCAGGCAUGCGUUUGUCGGAAAACGUGUUCCCGGAUUUUCCCAUAGCUUUGUCGGAAAACGUGUUCCUGGAUUUUCCCAUAGCUUCGUCGGAAAACGUGUUCCCGGAUUUUCCCAUAGCUUUGUCGGAAAACGUGUUCCCGGAUUUCGCCAUAGCUUUGUCGGAAAACGUGUUCCGGGAUUUUCUCACAGUUUUGUGGGAAAACGAGACGAAAAUGAGCUUUUGAGCAGUGAAAACGAAAUUGAAUUCCUUGAACCAAACGGCGAUUUAAACAAAAGGGCGCCAAAAUUUUCUCACUCUUUCAUCGGUAAACGAGAAGUGAACAGCGAGGACAAAAGAGGGCCAGGAUUCUCGCAUUCUUUUGUCGGAAAACGCGAGGAUGAAGAAAACGAAUUUGACAAAAAAUCUGCCGGAUUCAGACACUCAUUUGUUGGAAAACGCGAAGAUGACGAAAAGGAAUUCGACAAAAAAUCUGCUGCAUUCCGACAUUCGUUUGUCGGAAAACGUGAAGACGACGAAAAUGAACUCGACAAAAAAUCGGCCGGAUUUAGACAUUCGUUUGUCGGAAAACGCGAAGAUGACGAAAACGAAUUUGACAAAAAAUCUGCAGGAUUUAGACAUUCCUUUGUCGGAAAACGCGAAGAUGACGAAAAUGAAUUUGACAAAAAAUCUGCAGGAUUCCGACAUUCCUUUGUCGGAAAACGCGAAGAUGACGAAAACGAAUUCGACAAAAAAUCUGCAGGAUUUAGACAUUCGUUUGUCGGAAAACGCGAAGAUGACGAAAAUGAAUUUGACAAAAAAUCUGCAGGAUUCCGACAUUCCUUUGUCGGAAAACGCGAAGAUGACGAAAACGAAUUCGACAAAAAAUCUGCAGGAUUUAGACAUUCCUUUGUCGGAAAACGCGAAGAUGACGAAAACGAAUUCGACAAAAAAUCUGCAGGAUUCCGACAUUCCUUUGUUGGAAAACGCGAAGAUGACGAAAACGAAUUUGAUAAAAAAUCUGCCGGAUUUAGACAUUCGUUUGUCGGAAAACGAGAAGAUGACGAAAACGAAUUUGAUAAAAAAUCUGCCGGAUUCAGACAUUCGUUUGUCGGAAAACGUGCAGACGAAGAGAGCGAACUGGAGAAACGCAGCCCGGGAUUCAGGCAUAGUUUUGUGGGGAAACGAGAUGACGGCCUGCUGGUUAACGAGCACAUCCUUCAGGGCGGGGCCGGGGCAACCGAUGACCUCACGCGGCUGGUGAAUUUCAUCCAGGCCGAGGCCGACGGCCAGAAGCCGACAGAGGAUCAAGGCCGCAGCGACUUUCCAGAGAGCCAAAAACCUGACGACGCCGCGCCGAGUUCAUCGCAAACCUUGACCAACACAACCAGCACAGACGUCAUAUCACGUGGGUCGUCAGCCACGUGAUCCGGCGUGUGUGUCACGUGUGUGUCACGUUCUGUUUUAGUUUGAUCCUACUGUUUUGUUUCCAUUGUUCGACGCCCAAAAAUCUUUGAGGUUUAACUUUUAGACACGAACAACAGUCAGUGAAGGACACACAAUUCCAAAUUAAGGACUCAAGGCCAGAAUCAGAGCGCCGCUUGUUGGUUAGGCAGUGAAAUAAAUUAAACAGAAACCA